CUCUCGAUAGUCUCGAUUUGGUGUGCAGACAGGAGAAAAUGGCGCACGGCGUUCGGUAAAAUGCAGGAUAUAUCUGAUCAACACGAAAGCACACCGUCAACAUGGACUGUUGAUGAUGUUGACGUGGAAUUUUUGCCUUUAAUUUAUGAAAUUAUUAGGAGUCUUGAGAAAGACCCCCAUGAUACAACCCAAAAAACUAGAGAUUCCCAAGACACCACUCAGAAAAUAUUAGAGCUGCAGAGGAAACUUGAGAAAGCGAGAGAGCAAAUUCGCAAACUUCCGGGUAUAGAAUAUAACUCUGAAGAGCAGUUGAAGCAAUUGGACGUGCUUCGCAAUCAGUUACGCCUUAAACGGGAACUGUUGCACAAGUACCGUAAUAUGUGUACCUUUGAAAUACCUAAAGCCUAAAUAACUAAUCGAGCUUGGAGUAUGGAUAUGUUUAGAAGAGUUCUCUUUCGUCUACUUCAUGAUGAAAGAGUUCUGCAUCGAAUGUCUGAAUCUCGACCAAUAAGGCUGGUGGCAAAAUUCUGUGCUAGUUUAUUUAUGCAAGGAAAAU